CAAACAUCACUCUCAAAAAAAGUCGACGAAGUCCAGAGGCAUGAAAGGUUAUUCCUUAGCAACGGCAGGAAAAAAAUCUAUCAAAGUUACUGGUUGGAGCGCCAGCAUGCAGAGUCUAGUGCUGCAGGUAAUUGCUAUGAAGCAGAUUGGACGGCUGAACCCUCGUCACCUGCUGGCAGCUGGUUAUGGCACAAGGAGGACUGAGUGGUGCCCCAGGACAAUUCAUACCCGGCAGCUGUGGGGUUGCUCGACUUUCCCCAGUCUAGGUGGUCAACGGACCGCCACCAAAACCUGGUCUUUGCACCAGCUGCGUUUUAAAAGCAAGAGGAAAUCCCCUUCACGCACGGCACAGGAGCAGGACGAGGCAGAGGAGGAAACUGACCCAGAAGAGAGUGAUUAUGAAGAUGUAGAUCCUAAUUUACCAAGGGACUAUAAAGACAUGGAGAAAUAUGUACCGUCUUUCCGCUAUGACGUCGUCUUAAAGGCUGGUUUGGAUUUGGCACGCAACAAAAUCGAGGAUGCCUUCUACAGCAACAAGCUCAGACUAAAUGGGCAGAAACUAAUCAAGAAAAGUAAAACGGUUAAAGUUGGGGACACCUUGGACCUUGUGCUGUCAGAGAACAACGAUGCGAAUACCGUUACGUUGAUGAGAGUCAUUCUCAGAAAGGUUUUAGGUGAAUCUAAUGAUGGAGAUAAGCACAAAGUUUCCAUAAGGAGGUGGAAAAGCCUUGAACUUGCAAAGGAUGAAGCCUUCAAACCAUGAACUUGUCCUGAAAACCUUAGAGAUCAGUGAAAGUUAGCUGAACUUCAAGAUGAUGGCUCCACUAAUCUCAUGUAUGCGAAUUGUGAGAGAAAAGGUUGGAAAUGUACCUUAUUUUAUUCAAUAAAAGGUGCAUUUUGACGGUGUGAACCUCAGAUUUGUUGUACUGUUUUCUUUAUGCUUUUAUGGAGGACAGGCACACACUGAUCAGGGUUUAGUAGAUAUUAUUAAGGGCGUUGCUCAUGUCCGUUGUGUGGGAGCUAAUCUAGAGGGUGAAAAUGUCAAUAAGACAUCCAUCUUGGUUACAAGUUAUAGAGCACAAACAAUCCUGAGACUGAAAGUAGCUUUAAGUGAUGCCAUUUUUUUUGCAAAAGCCAAAAAAAAAAA